AUGGCUACAUUCCUCAAAUUGCUUCGUUUCUAUUCGAAAACUCGAAAUGCAUUAAAAAUAAAUAAUGAAACGAAAGUAAUAAUUCAGGGAUUUACCGGAAAACAAGGAACUUUCCAUGGUCAGCAGAUGAUUGAAUACAAUACGAAUGUCGUUGGAGGUGUUUCACCUGCGAAAGCUGGAUCAAUGCAUCUUGGGCGACCAGUUUUUGGAACCGUUAAAGAAGCUCGAAAAGCAACCGGUGCAACGGCAUCAGUGAUAUAUGUUCCCGCAAAGUUUUGUGCGGAUGCAAUUGAGGAAGCCAUCGAUGCAGAAAUUCCACUUGUAGUUUGUAUAACUGAAGGUAUACCACAGCAUGAUAUGGUUAGAGUAAGGAACAGACUAACGAAGCAAGAUAAAACGAGACUUCUUGGACCGAAUUGUCCCGGUAUUAUCGCGCCUAGUGAAUGUAAAAUUGGUAUUAUGCCUGGGCAUAUUCAUCAGAAAGGCGUGAUUGGUAUUGUUUCAAGAUCGGGCACUCUUACUUAUGAAGCAGUUCAUCAGACAUCUGUUGUUGGUUUAGGACAAACAUUAUGUAUAGGAAUUGGAGGCGAUCCGUUUAAUGGCACAAAUUUCAUCGAUUGUUUAGAUAUUUUUUUCAAUGAUCCUGAUUGUAAAGGUAUUAUUUUAAUCGGUGAAAUUGGUGGUCAAGCGGAAGAAAAGGCUGCAGAAUAUAUCGCAGAACGAAAUACUGGACCAAAGAUGAAACCAGUUGUUUCAUUUAUCGCUGGUUUAACAGCUCCUCCUGGUCGUCGAAUGGGUCAUGCAGGUGCAAUUAUUGCUGGUGGAAAGGGUACUGCAUCUGAUAAAAUCGAAGCGCUGAAGAAAGCAGGCGUUUGGGUGACUCUUUCUCCAGCUCAGAUAGGAUCUACUAUGGCAAAGGCUUUGAUCGAAAAACUUUAA